AUGAUUGAGAAUGAGGCAGAAAACACUGAGGCCUUCAAUGCAACACCGGGCACUGGUUCUUAUUGGAUCGGUCUGUACAGGAACCCCUGGACUUGGUCUGACCGGAGCCAAAGCUCCUUCAGGAACUGGCAUCCCAUCUACAAAGAAAACAAUGGUGGUCAACAACACUGUGUUGUAGAAAAUACAGACCAUGAGUGGGCUGAUGAAGAUUGUGGAGCUGAGUGGCCCUUCCUCUGCCAUCAAGUUUUAAGGCGGAACACCGUUUUCAGGAUGACGACUGAGGCUGAUGUUGACCUCUCUGAUUCACACAUUCAGUCCCAGGUCCUCCAGAAGGUAAACCACUUCUGCCUCAGCUGGGACUUCUCAGCAGAAACUAGAGCUCUGAAGGCUGCUUCCUCAAUUCCUUUUCAGAUGGAGGCUCUGCUCAGAGCCCGGGGAUUGACCGACGUCAAACUGCAGUGGAGGAUGAAACCCAAAAAGAAAGACUGA